CCGACCGCGACCAGCAUGAGCGCAGCCACCCACUCGCCCAUGGUGCAGAUGGCGUCCGGCAACGGCGACCGCGACCCCCUGCCCCCCGGCUGGGAGAUCAAGGUCGACCCGCAGACCGGCUGGCCCUUCUUCGUGGACCACAACAACCGCACCACGACGUGGAAUGACCCUCGCGUGCCCCCCGAGGGCCCCAAGGAAACUGCAUCUUCUGCGAAUGGCCCCGCCCGGGAAGGCUCCCGGCUGCCGCCCAUUAGAGAAGGUCAUGCAGUGUACCCCCAGCUCCGCCCUGGCUACAUCCCCAUUCCUGUGCUCCACGAAGGUGCGGAGGCCCGGCACCCUGUCCAUGCCUACCUGCAGCCAGGGAUGCAGCGGUUCCGCUCCGAGGCUGCCGCGGCUCCCCAGAGGGCCCAGUCACCCCUGCGGGGCUUGGUGGAAGCCACCCAGCCAGACAGACCAUGUGGACAGGCGGCGGCAGCUGCAGGGGCCCAGCCCCUCGCUGCCCACAGACCUGAGCGAUGCCAGUCUCCAGCUGCCUCGGACUGCUCGUCCUCUUCGUCCACAGCCAGCCUGCCCUCCUCCAGCAGGAGCGCCCUGGGCAGCCACCAGCUGCCCCGAGGCUAUAUCCCCAUCCCUGUGGUCCACGAGCAGGGCUCCAGCCGGCCCGCAGCCCAGCCCUCCCUCCACCAAGCCCAGAAGACCCACUACCCGGCUCAGCAGGGCGAGUACCAAACCCACCAGCCCGUGUACCACAAGAUCCAGAGCGACGACUGGGAGUCCCGGCCCCGGCGGGCCGUGUCCCCCUUCAGGUCGCCCGCCUGCAGCGUGUCAAGCCGUGAGGGCUCACCAGCCAGGAGCAGCACACCGGUGCACGCAUCCUCACCUGUCCGUGUGCACCCUGCUGCUGCCGACAGACCUCAGCAGACCAUGGCCCAUCCUGAGCCUCCACCUGCUCCCCAGCCUGAAAGCAAACCUGAAAGUCAGCCAGGCCCCGCCGGGGCAGACCUCCCUCCCGGACACAUCCCCAUCCAAGUCAUCCUCAAGGAGCCGGAGGCCAAGACCGCCUCCCAGAAGCCCCCACCGCUCUCUGAGAAGGUGGAAGUCAAGGUUCCCGCUGCUCCCGUUGCUUGUCCUCCCAGCCCGGGCCCUGCUGCCACUGCUGUCCCCCCAUCCCCUAAGAACGUGGCUGUGGAAGAGAAGGUGGCCCCCAGCACUGCCCCCACAGAAGCUACACCCCCAAAGGCAGGGGAUGCUGAGGCCACCCUCCCAAAGCAUCCAGGUGUGCUGAAAGUAGAGGCCAUCUUGGAGAAGGUGCAGGGGCUGGAGCAAGCCGUAGACAACUUCGAAGGCAAGAAGACUGACAAAAAGUACCUGAUGAUAGAAGAAUAUCUGACCAAAGAGCUCCUGGCCCUGGACUCGGUGGACCCCGAAGGGCGCGCCGACGUGCGCCAGGCCAGGAGGGACGGCGUCCGCAAGGUUCAGACCAUCUUGGAAAAACUUGAACAGAAAGCCAUCGAUGUCCCCGGCCAGGUGCAGGUCUAUGAACUCCAGCCCAGCUCCCUGGAAGCCGACCACCCGCUGCAGGAAAUGAUGGCGGCGGGCAGCCCUGCCGCAGACAGGAGCAAAAGAAGCGCCGCCGGGAGCGGAGGCGAUCCCCAAAUGGAAACGCAGCGGCCAGAAGCCCCCAUUGCAGUCUCGACCCCAGCCCCCGCCGCCGGCACCACAGACACAGCUGGCAAUCCCGCAGCCCCGUAGACCCCAAGACAUGAAAGCCAGACCCAGAGACUUGGCAUCGAUGGUGUGCUUUAGGGAGUUCUCAGAUGCAUGCAUUUCCAGGGCUUGAAAUCAUUUGGUUUGUAGUCUUCAUAGCCGCUUGGUACGCAGUAACAACAGGGGUGGGGGGAGGCCAAACACUGAUCAGAGGGCUGAAAGGAAAGUGUCACUGUUCUGUUCUUCUUGGUCCUUCCUGAAGAGGAAGCUGCUGGUUUUUCCCAAGCUUAACCCCUCCCCGACUUGUUGGGGCCCCCCUCUCCACGCACGGGCACCACAAAUUAACCAGCCCCACGCGCUGUCUCCCCGUAGCUCUGGCCUGAAGUGCAGUGCCUUUGGGGAGCAGACGGGAGCCCAUUUUCCCAUCACAGAAGUACCACAUGCACCCUUCAGAAACGUUGCCAUUUGCCUGGGAUGACUUCCUCCAUGUCGUAGUUAAAAAUACCUGACUUUAAGAGCCGCAGGCCUAUCUGUAUGUUGGAUGACUUUAAUUGUCCCUUCAAAAAAUAAAGUGUUGGUGUAACUCAAA